GUUUACAGUCUCUGCUGCUGCUGAUUGGCUGCUGUGGUCACAUGAUUUCAGAGAAUCGUCUCAGAGAAAGUGAACCAUAACAGGACAGACUGAGCUCAGAGCUGCUGUGACUGCUGACACUUCAACAGUUCCUCUCAGCACGAGUCUCUCCACUGCUCCUCCUCAGACGAUCAGAACACAUCAGCUGAAGAGAACCCACUCUCACUUCACACUCACAGACCAUGGAAAUUGCUAAGGCCACUCAGAGUCUCACCACUGCAGCAGAUAUGCGAGAGACCACCAAGAUGCUAAUGCAACCUAAUGCAAACUGGGAAGAGUACCUGACUCCUGCCCCCCUCUCCAUCGCCAUCAUGGGGGAGCUUGUCUUCAUCUCCUCAUGUGAUGACUUCUCCAUCAACAAGAACCCCCCAAAGAAUGGCUACAAGUACAUACAAUACCCACACUCGUUCCGGGCCUGCCUCAUGCAAGUCUGUAACUCAGGCUGGCAUGCAUUCAAUGAGGCCCACAAGAAUAUGGAUCAGAUCCGCAUUCACACAGCCACAGUUCCUGAUUACAUGAAGCAAGUAGUCAAGGUCCUUUUCAAUGCACCUGAUGAAGUUAUUGACAAGCUCCUACCAAAUCAGCUGGAAAACAUUCGCACCAUUGCAGAUGAGUGUGUGAUACUGGCAGACAGUGUUGAAAAGAAGUACACCAAUGUCAUCGAGUUAAUCCAGGAACUGUUGGAGGCCUGUGUCAAUGCUGAACACUUUUAUGGAGAAGAGCUGGAGAAGGUGAAGAUGAAGCUUAAGGAAACUGAAAUACGGGAGAAGACCGCCAGUGAGCUUAAAGAACGGUCCAAGAAAGCAAUGGAGGCCAUGGAAAAGCAAGUAAGUGAAGCACAAGAAAGCUACAAGGAAGCAAUGGACUCUCUUCCCUCCGGAUGGGAAAUGAUUGGAAUGGAUCUGGUUGAAGGACUUUCAAAGGCAAUGACAGGACUUCUUAAUGGAGUCGUUAACCUGGUAAGUGCUCCAAUAAAAACAGCCUGCGGUUCAGCAGAAACAGCCUCAGACACAUACCAUCACAUCAAAUCGAAAAAUGAAAACGAAGAUGUGCUCUCAGUCUGCUGUAAAUCUCCAGAGAUUCUUUCCAUUGUGGAAAGUCUUACACAAUAUUUGAAGGAAGGAAAAAUAGCCUGGCAGGACCUAUAUGAUCAGAAAGCACAAUCCAUAAAGUCAGACUGGUCCAAAGAUCAAUUCAGAAGAAUCUCUGAGUCCUUGAUGAGGAUGGAAGGGAGCAAACUUCAGAAACGUGCUCUGGAACUUUGUGAAAUGGGUAUUAAGAUCUGUGAAGAACUGGCCACAUAUAAACCUGGUGAAAAUUGGGUUGACAAGAAAGAAGCAAAGCUCAUAGAGAAACUGAACAAACUGGAUGAACAAUCCCGCAUCUUUGACAUCAAAUGCAAAAAAAAAUUGGGCUCUCCAGCUUUUGCUCCUACAUCACCAAUGAUGAACAAAGCACAGAGCAACACAGGAGGUCAGUCUACCAGUCAGAGAGCAGCAGAUAACGCUCGUUUCAAAAUUGAGCAGAGCCGAGAACAACUUAAGGAAUCACGGGAAGCCUAUGAGAAGGUUGCGGAGAAAAUGGAGCAGAAUCAGAAGGAGCUGACUGAGAUCUUGGUUGAAAUGCAGAACUGUAAGAUCAAGGAGAUUAACUUUGACACCACCAUCAAGAUGCUGUUCAAGGGUCUCGAUGCCAUGGGCAGAGUCAAAGAGCAGUGGGAGAAGAUGGUGCGCUUCUUCCAGAUGAUCUCUAACAUCGUCAAAUGCAGCCUCGGCAAGACACUGAAUUCUUUUGUCUCAACAGCUGGUGAUACAAAGAAACUCAGUUACAACCAUAAACUAUUUGUAAAAGACAUGCUGUACAACCAGGCGUUCCAAGCCUCCAAUGUUGCCAGUCUGGUCCACAUGAUCUCAGGGACCUACACUGAAGUGUCCAGCAAGUACUUGAUGGACAGAGUGAGCAGUUUGGGCAAGCUCAUGGCCAUGGAUAAGGAGAAGCCAGAAUUCCUUAACGAGCGUAUGAAUCUGCAACGGUCUUGCGCAGCAGCGCAGGAGGGCAUCCUUCAGCUGGUCCUCAAGAACAAGAGGGAGUUUGAGAGGAAGACAGAUGACAGGAUGGCAAAAAUAGAGAAUGGUCUGAAAGCAAUUCUGCCAGCUGCCUCACCCCAGGAGACUGAGAGAAUCAAACAAAUAGUUCAAGCUGGGUACGGUGAAGAAGAAGAGAAUUACUACUAGAACAAAAUUCCUACCAGUUAUGAAAUUGUCACCUAAUUCUGCUUGUCACCUAUUUUUUUUCAUUACUUUCAUUUAUCAAUCAUGCUUACAGAUUUUGAUUCUUUUAUCAUUACUGGUGAUUUUAAUAUUCACAUUGACAAUCCUACAGACAUCUCUUCUAAAGAGUGUAGUGUAAGAACAAGCUGUAACUGCAAAGAGUGAGUGAAGUAAUAAAUCAGUAGAUAUACACUGGCAUAAGGUGAUUAUGUUUGAAAUGCCUGUUGAAGUUAAUAUACUCGUUUACACAUUGUUUUGUGUAUUCACGUAUUGUACUCACACACACAUUUGGUCAUAUACGUGGGAACUAAAGUGGAAAUGUGUACUUAGUGUUAAUGUGUACUCAAUGUUUUUGAGUUCAAUGUGUACUCAGUGUUAAUGUGUACUCAGUGUUAAUGUGUACUCAAAGUUUUUGAGUUCAAUGUGUACUCAGUGUUGAUGUGUACUCAGUGUUUUUAAAAAAUAGCGUGAGACCUGGCUCAAACACAAUGGUGGGAAGGUUUGGGGCAUUCCAGCCCAGGCUGAUAUGGCCUUAGUCUCACCACCAGACAAUCAGAGAUCUCCGCCUUCUGAUAGUCUGGGGACACUCCUUUCUAAAGUGUGUUUAACACACCUUAGAAAGGAGUGUCCCCAGCCGGAAACAAAGCAACGCCUCUUGCAUGUUUGAAAAGGACACGCCCUCCUGGAAAUGUGCACUCCCCCUUUUCUCGUCCGCAAGGAAACAAACACACAGAGAGCUUGAAAAUGGAUGCCGAGAGAUUUCACUCCGUUUUAUCAAACGUGUGCUCAGUCCACAAGAUUGUGGAAAUGAAGGACUUACAGCCAUUUUGUACCGCUACACAUGUUUCUAGUCGGACUAUGUUUACGAGCACAAGAGUUCAGAGAGCCACCGAAGGACCGCCCUGCGGAUUUACUAUUGGUUCUGCAACGCAGGGAGUUUUUUUAAACUCUGAAACUGUAUCCACCCAUCUAAACACAAAAUCAGGGAGAAAGAAAUCAGUCUUUAGUUAAGCAAAGCGUUUAAAGACUGACUUGUGAGUCUAAUAUGGCCUUAGCCUUGGACACCAGUAUGACUCAUACCCAGGUGACUCAAAAAAAAUACACCAUUAAGAUUGGACUCAACCAAAGGCAAAAACAUGCCACCAUUGUGUUUGGGCUCAAGUGGGCAGGAUUAAAGGAAAAAGGUGGAGAUUCAGCAGAAUCUGGGCGCCAAUGUGACAGGGUGUCACUCCAAUGGAAGGACUGAAGACGGUUGUUAUCUAUGAAGUCUGUACUUGAUAGAUUAGGAAAGGAACUGAAACGGUUGAACUCCAACGCCCACCUAUGCUGUAUAAAAACUUGCAGUUGAUGCUCCUCAGGGAGCCUUUUCUCUGUAACCUCAUCUUGUGUGUUGCACUCCUUAUUGUACAAGAAAAUAAAUUCUGUUAAACUUUGA